AAGCCGGUCGUAGGACAAGUCGUCUCUUAGGAAACGGAUUCUUUGUACCAUGGUUGGGAGAAAUGCUCCGGAAGUUAGAAGUCAGUUCAAGCUUGCAUCAAGCUAAUAGAAUGUGAACGGCUCGUGUAUGGUCCGAGGCGCUAAUACGAGAGUGUUGAAAGUGCGGAAGUUAAUUAAAUAUGAAUGGCUCAAUGGCAAAUCGAAAUUCUUCUUCGUUGAUUUAUGAGAAGUUAAAGUAUAACGAUGGUUUCGACUUUUGUGAAGGAAGCGUGGAAAAUUUGAACGAGUUUCAAUUGAAAUUGUGCUUCGACAGUGGAGAUGUGCGUCGUGAAGGGUUUCGGUUGCCCGGCGGGAACAGGACUUCGGCGACACUGGAAUAUCCAACGGAUCCAUCAACUGCCAUGGAGUGGGGUUACAUGAUUGGGGACUUCCUCACAUUUUAUUACACUCCAGCACUGGUCGUUAGUGGGAGCAUAGGAAACAUCCUGUCGGUUUUGGUGUUCUUCAAUACAAAGUUGAAGAAGUUAUCCUCAUCUUAUUACCUGGCCGCACUUGGCAUCAGUGAUACGUGCUUCCUGUUGGGACUGUUCGUGACUUGGUUGAGCUUCUUCCAGAUUCACAUCUACACGCGUGAGGUGUACUGUCAGUUGUUCACUUUCUCCAGUGGUUUAAGUAGUUUUCUAUCGGUGUGGUAUGUGGUUGCGUUUACGUUCGAGCGUUUCAUAGUCGUACUGUAUCCUCUGAAACGCCAGAGCUGGUGCACAGUGCGAAGAGCUAAGCUGGUUAUAGUUGGACUUACCUUUCUUGGAGGAUUACAUAGUGCUCCAUACAUCUUUUUCGCGGGACCACAAUUCUCCGAACGGACCAAUGCUACUAUCUGUGAUGUACGGGAAGAAUAUAAGCCCCAGAUGAUCAUAUUCAAUUACCUCGACACGGUAAUCGUGUUUGUAGUGCCAUUUACGAUCAUCCUCGUGUUGAACUCCAUCACGGGUUUCACGGUUUGGCGGGUGGCCGGCCUUCGCAGAAGCAUGACAUUAAUCCGGCGCAAGCCCUCCAGUUUUGAAAUCCGCAGACAGCUCAGCAUGCAGAGGUCCUGUCCCCAUCCGAAUGGACGCAACAACGUUCUGAAGCAGAGGCCCGAAAUUGGUCGCAUGGUCAACUCACAAAUGAAAGUGACCAAAAUGCUGCUGAUUGUGUCGUCGGUUUUCGUCUGUCUCAACUUGCCGAGCUAUCUGAUGCGUGUCCGUGCGUUUAUCGAGACCGAACCUUCUAGUUUGACCAUACUCGUCCAGUACUACUGUUACCUGUUCUUCAUAACGAAUUUUGGGAUCAACUUUAUACUCUACUGCAUAAGUGGUCAAAAUUUUAGAAAAGCUGUGAUAGAGAUGUUUCAUCGUAAGAGAAGAACUAAAGCCAACCAGGAUCAUUUUAGCGGUGGAACACAAACCGAGAUACUCCGCAGCUCGGGAUCCUUGCUGCCCCUGAAACGAUCCAACACCACCACCCAUCGUUCGAUGGCUGGGUCUUGGCGAGAGUUUUCCGACAACCCCUCCUCGAUCUGUCAUCCAUGACGACGGCAAAGGAAAAUGCCACCGGCCAGUCAAUUGCUUCUGCCGAGACGUCGUCGCCACUGCCACAAUUCGCCCCAUUCCGAGGAACAUGUAGUGGAACAGGAUUCCGUUUAAAAAAGAAAAAGAAAAGGCACCAGAUGUCAAUUCACAUACAACGAAACCAAAGCAACUGCAGCCUCACAAUUUCAGCCGGAGAAAGCAGCUACUUAUCCCCUCGUACCGAAUAAAACAUUUUUAUGAGAUUUCUUUACUAAGGGAUUACUUUGUUUGCCGGUUGGUGAAGAGCGUUGAAACGAUUUCAGGGCCAGGGAAAAAAGGUUGGUGCAAAAGACAAAAAAGAACCCCAUGAAAAGACAACUGCAGUUUAAGGCACUGGACAAUGCUAGAGGCUUGGUGUACUUAUUAUUAUGUUUACUCAUUGCCCUUGAUGGUGAGCGCCGUUUGUUCUUGUUAUGUUCACGAGCACCGUUGUGCAGUUCUUGUUUAACUUAAUAAAAUUAAAUUGAGAUAUAA